AUGUUUUCCAGCGCGGUCAAAAUAGACCAGCUUAACGACUUCCUCAACCUCAGCGAGGAGUGCGUGCUCCCCGUCGGAAAGAGCGGUGAGAGCUAUGAAGUCAAGCUGCACGACAAGGGUGUGCCGGUGCCUAACAAGCUACAGCCGGCAACUGCUGACAAGGACACGAAACGCAUCGUCGUCGGAAUCAGCGACUGUAUGUCCUGCUCAGGCUGCCUAACUUCAUCGGAAGAGAUCAUCCUCAAGGACCGUGGAUACGAGGACAUCGCACGAAAAAUAAGGCAGGCGGAUGUAGCCGCCGUGUCCAUCGCACCGCAAACUGCUUUCAUGUUCGCCGCAACCUACAACGUAACAUACCAAAAGGCGUUCAGGAAGCUCGCAUACCUGUUCAAAUGGCUGGGUGCCAAACGGGUGUACAACAUGAGCCUCGCGGAAGCCGUUGCUCUGCACGAGGCGAAGUCGGAGUUCCGCGAUACCAUACUUGCAGGACUCAGUGCCAAAGCUAGAUUGAAGCUGAAACAUGGUGGAACUCUGGAUCCAGCUGAUAUCGAAAAUGCGAUGACGAACGGCAUCAGCUCCGAGGCGGUGAACAGGGAUACCGACGCUGAUGCAGUGGACGGUGAUGGUGACGAUCAAGGUCACGUAGGCAUGCCUAUCAUAGCCACCCAUUGCCCGGGCUUCGCCACAUACGCGGAAAAAAAUCUUGAUGAAAACGUCAUCUCCAGAAUAAGCAGAGUGGCGUCAAGCCAGCAUAUCCAGGGUGCUUUGGUCAAGACCUUGGGGAGCUUUGAGUUGGCCAUGGAGCACUCACGCGUGCAUCUGGAGCCCACCGCAAGCGUUUUCGCAGGGCAUUACGGAGGACUACAGGAGACCCUGAAGCGCGUUGGUAGGUACGCCAGACAUCGCAAUAUGGAAAUCAAACCCAUAUACCACGUUACAACCGCGCCGUGCUAUGACAAGAAAAUUGAGGCCGCACGAAGUCAAUCAGAUAAGAACCUCAGAAGCAUAUACACAUACCUUGGGUCACAAACUGAAGGUCACUCGGAAGACGUGAAGCUGGUGGACGACGUGCUCUCCACGGGUGACCUCCAGAAGAUCAUGGAGUUGUACAACAUGGACUUCCGAACGAUGCCUGAAGCCGAGUUGGAUCGCAUAUUCUCGGACAAGGAUGCAUUCCUUUUUUCCAAGCUGUUCCAACAGGAUAUCAAGCUAACACCACUCCUCGACGAUAGUUACCUGAGACCUGGCAGAACCCAGUCACAGUCGGGUGGAUUUGCUGAGGAAAUCAUGAAAUACGCUGCGGAAUCUAUUGUAAAGGCCGAUGAAGUGCCAACGUUCACAGAGACGAUCAAUCAGGACUACCAAGAGGCUACGCUGAAAAUCGAUGGCAAGCCCGUAAUGACGUUCGUGCUAGCUUACGGGUUCAGGAACGUGCAAAACAUCGUUCAAAAGCUGAAGCGUAAAGGCCAAUCGGGAACGGGGCAUAUGGCGUACAUUGAGGUGAUGGCCUGCCCCGGCGGAUGCUUCAAUGGCGCCGGGCAGGUUCUGACGCCACCACCGGUCGAAAAGAGCUACUUCAACACCUUUUUGAGGUGGAUGAAAAAAGAUGACAAAGCCAGACCUACUGACAAGGCAAUGAAGCUGUACCACACAGCCAGCCGCUAUGCAGAUACCAAGGACCGUGAGGACGUUCAAGCCGUAUCGUCCACCGUCAUCCCCGUGUUGAACAGAUUAGCAGCCGUCAACCUUAUCGCAACAAGAGUGGAGAACCUUGCCGAUAACGCAAAGCGAUCGGCCGCACUCAAGUGGUAG